AUGUGGAGCAUCUGCAGGGCUGCCAAUGUCGGGAAAUUCAAGGCCGAUAUGUUCCUGAGUACAAUCAAUAGCUGCCUAGUCUGGUUGCAGUACGGACUCUCGCCUCCCCUAAGCAGAGCAAUAGUCAUCGUCAACGACAUCGGCAUACUCAUCGAGGGCACUUACAUCGGAAUCUACAUCCGCAUGGCUACGGUGCCGAUUCGCCGUAGGAUCGGCCUACCCCUGGUCUUCAUGGUCUGCAUCCUCGGUAUGAUGGCGUCCGUGAUUUUCCCUGUCGUCAACAACGCGCACAGGCACAUUCCCUUGGGCGUCAUGGGCGACGUCGCCAGCGUCCUCAUGUACGCUGGUCCAGCGUGCAAGCCGGAGAAAAGCAGUCUAAGCACGGCAUAA